GUUGUUUGUCUACACCUGCUAUGUUAUAAUGUUAUAUAAAUAAGGAAAUCGCAGGUAUCACUUCAUCCACGUAGGAGUGAGUAUUGCUACAAAAUGAGCGCAUUCAUUUACGUCGUCUUCGCAUGCCUUGUGGUAAAUACUUUCGGCCAAAGCAAUGAGGACUUGGCGCGUAUCGUUUUUGAUGCCAUGGAUUUUAUCCAUGAGAAUGAUAAAAUUGCUGGAUCAGAAAAGAGCUGGUUUUUCAAGCACACCGACUGUAACAGAAAUGGAUAUGUUUCUGCGGAAGAAGCUGUGUGCCGGGGAAAAGAUAUUAAUGGUACUUUUUGGUCAGAGUUUGUAAGUUUCCUCACUACUGCUGAUUCUAAUGAUGACGGCCUUGUGAGCAGUACAGAAUACAAUGAAUUCUAUGGAAGGAUGGACUCAGACGACAGUCACAGGGUUACUUGGGAUGAAUUUAUUCUUCGUUGGAACGAGACCUUAAAAUGGGACUUGGCGCAGAUCGUUUUUGAUGCUAUGGAUUUUAUUCAUGAGAAUGAUAAAAUUGCUGGAUCAGAAAAGUCCGAGUUUUUCAAAAACACCGACUAUAACAGUGAUGGAUAUGUUUCUCAGGAGGAAGCUGUGCGCCGGGGAAAAGAUAUGAAUGGUACUGUUGGGGAAGAGUUUGUAAAGUUCUUCACUUCUGCUGAUUCUAAUGGUGACGACCUUGUGAGCAGUACAGAAUACAAUGAAUUCUAUGUAAGGAUGGACUUAGACGACAAUAACAGGGUUACUUGGGAUGAAUUCAUUCUUCGCUGGACCAAAAGCUUACAACUUUAAGCUGUAACGGAAGUGUGGAUAUAUAUGGAAAUGGACAGUUCAACGAAUUUUUCUCCUAAUUACAAAAGUUACUUGCAUUAAAUAAAAAUAAUUCUUUUGGG